CGGGUCUUAAGAUGGCUGCUGGACGGCAGGCUACGGACCGCAGAAAAGAUGUGGAGUGGGUUACUACCUCCUGGCCUAAAUGAAAGUGAUGUUGAGUUGAAUUCUGAUGAUGAAGCCACAGUAGAGAGCUCUGAACUUAACUUACAAGAAGGUAAAGAAGAUGGGACCAUUACAAACACAGAGGUCUCAGAUAUCCCUACAGAUGGACCAAAAACUGAAGCAGAGGCAAAUGUAAAUGCGUAUGAAGAGUGUCCCUCUGGAAUUCCCUUAAAUAUGUGGAAUAAAUUUCAAGAACUGCAUACAAAACAUUCUGAACAGAAAACCUCAACUUCAAGAUCCAGAAAGAAAAAAAGAAAACGCUCCAGAAAAGGUAAAUUGAAGAAUGAAGAAGAAUCUCAAAGUGAACAGUCCUCAAGAGAAACCCAGUGGAAGGAGCUUACUCAGUAUUUUGGAGUCAACGAUAGAUUUGACCCCCCUGUUAAAAGGAAAAAAAUUGAAAAGUCGGGCCUUGAAAAGAGCAUAGACCAGGCUGUGGAAGAGUGGAACAUUGAGAAGGCUGAGGAACUCAGCAAUCACCUAGCUACUCGAGAGCUUGGUGUAAAAAUUGCCAAAGCGAUUGCCUGCCACAACUUUGUAAAAGCCAAAAAGGAUGCUGAAAAUUCACAGGUUGCUCGAAAAAAGAAGAAACUUGCCUGGGGGUUUGAAGCAAAGAAGAGGUGGGAAACCAAAAGCAACAUGGGAUAUAUGUGACUUGCCAGAGUUCUUCAAGACCUUUGAGACUUCGCUUGAGUCUUCAGUUGCUUAAUUUACUGAAAAGAUUUUCCUGUUCAUGUUAACUAUGUCGGGGAAUUGAUGGAAAUAGAAAAAAAUAAGCAUAAAAUUUGGAAGUUGAUUAUCAAA